UGACGAGCCUUAUCCUGACCCGUCAGGCCAGGUUCAUAAGUCCUACAGAAAUAGAAUGGGCCAAUUGCACGUUGCUGGCUGCUAAUCAAGCAAAAAUCCAUAUUGCGCCUAUACCCACUCUAAGGAUCUGCCCCCCCGGUCUGUCCAAGGUACGCUCAUAAAGUGGCAUGACGGCCCACUGGUGCCGGCAUCUGGCUGGAUUUGAAGAACCCUCUCCUCCCUCAUUCCCUCCCCUUCCUUCUUCGUCUUCUCCGUUUUCGCUCGCCGUCAUCAACCAUGAACCGGCUACCAGAGACCAAUGACGGCAUCGUCACCUCCUGGAUACCGAUCCCGACGACGCACCCGAGCCAGCCCGGCUGCGAGAAUCUGAUCUGGAAGUACGUCCCGAACGUGAUCGCCGCUUGGGACCCGGGCUACGGCAUCGAGGUCAGGAAAGAUGUUACGUGCCACCCGAAGGCGAUGACCACCUGGUGGCGCCAGGAUCAACUCGGCGCGAACAAGGAGACGGUAAUGAGCCUCGGCCCCGUAACCUGCCCGCAAGACUACUAUACCGCGACGGCGUCCGCGAAGGACGCGUCGAGCACCUACGUGGCGUGCUGCCCGAUAAACUACAACUUCGUCAGGUUCUUCGGUCCCGGAGACACCGGCCAGUGCACCUCGCAAAUAAGAAACGAUAGCAUCGUCACGUACGCGGAGCGGGAAUCCCAGAGUGGGGGCUGGAAGGUCACCAGUUCUCGCGCUACAGAGGCCACGACCGCCGCGGCGAUCCCGGUAAACGGAUGGAUAUUCGCGUCACCGACAGGAACGGCGGCCUCCGACAGCUCCGGGAGCUGCGACGCCGCGAUCAACAACGCCCUAGCGUCGAGUAAUUCUAGUUGCGAUCCCGGCGAUACCGCCUAUCUAUCGCCUGGGGCGGCGGCCGGGAUCGGGGUCGGCGUAGCGCUGGGGAUUACUGGGCUCGCCGCUCUAUGCGCCGGACUAUUCCUGAUGUAUAAGUCGCGGAGGACGGAUCGCAGGAGCGUCGCCGACGCGCACAUCGCCAACUUCACAGCCGGCAACGGAAAGGACACGGGCGCGAGCACGCACGCAUACGCGGCCGCCGCAGCGAACCCCCGAGAAACGCCGAGGUUGGCGAAGACGCCGGAGUACCAGCCGUCCGAACGGGACCCGUGGGACCCGUCGACGCCGUGCCUAGCACCCGCCUCAUCGAUUACCCGAACGAUCUCUCCCGAGCGGUCCGACCCCACGCUACACGCGACAACGGCGGGCCAGAGGGCAGAGGCGUUAUACGCCACAGCUAUUAGCCAUAGUGCAGGACCGUUAUAUACCACCGGAGCCAGCCAGGGGCCAGGGGAGAUGUUGGAUCUGGACGCAGCGUCCUAUCUAUACGACCGAGCGGGGCGGGCAGAGGCCGAGGAUACGCCGGCGCCGAUUUCGCGAGGCGAUCCGCACGGGAGGACGGAGCUGGAAGGAGAAUUCGACCGGAACGUGAAGGUGUCGCUGUCGACGCCGUGGCUAGCGGCAGCCCGACCCGUGCCGUCGUCGUCGUCGCUAGCGUCGCGAUCCCACCCGCCACCAUAGUAGAAACCACCGAAAAACAACGAACUGAUUACCUAAACGCGGCCCUCUCGUUGCGAGAACCACCGCAAGCCGGGAGACGUCUUGGGCAUGCUAGCGGCCGGUCUCGCAAAGCCCGGCCGGAGGAAUACCCCCUGCCCCGACAGGUCCGGAGAUCCCAUAUAUACCAGCGUCGCGCUUGGAACUAUCGAGUCCUGCGCCGACGCUCCGCAAGGAGCGAGUACCGUGUAUGUAAAUCACCAAUGUACAAGAGAAGGGUGCGAGGAGGUAACACGUACGUGCGCGCGCGCCCGCGUGUAUGCUAUAGAAGCAAAGGGGCUCGAUGUACUUCAGAAUUCUCUGUACAUAUUUCGCGUGCCAUGGGCACGCCCCCCUUUUUUCGUUUUAAUGAACCGUUCAUCGAAACGGGCCCAGACUCGAGGAAGUCUGUCUUUUUCUGGAACCAAAAACCGAG